UUUCGCUACUAACCAUAGAACCCAAAUAAUCCUAAAUAUUGUUGGCGAAUUCACUAGUCGAGCGUUAUGUAGUGUUACCUCAAUCAGUUACCACUGACCUAAUAAACACCUUUGAGUUUUAAAUGUUUCUGUUUCUUAAUACAGAACUGAUUAGCAUGCCUCAUAUUUGCCAGUGUUUAAAAUUUAAAGAUUUCUUCCUUAUUUUCAGGCAGUAACACUCCAUACAGACUUGGGAGAUUUAAAAGUGGAGUUAUUUUGUAUGCAGGCGCCCCUUGCUUCAGAGUCUUCUUCAAUAGUUUUUCUGUAGUACAAGUUGGCGGCUAUGCUACUUGAUUCGGCAGCAUACAGGAGUUUAGCUAGGAGAAGUAUCUUACUGACCUGUUCACCAGCGAGCGUCCCUCACAUAAUUGAUACGUUUUUGAAGAUAGGAGGGUCACUAAGCCGUACUGUAUACUGGCCACUACAGAGUCAAACACAGCCGGUCGGUACUCUGUUGAUUCAAACUCCGUCUUCUGAAUCUUUGCAAUAUACUUUGCAUAAAAUUCCAUCAUUUCACUCUAUAUAUUGUGCCAUGAAUUCAGGAGAUGUAAAGAGUUGUUUCAGGCUCCCAAUAUUUCGCACCAACUCCAAUCCAUCGAUUUGGCCAGUUGAAAACAACAAAAAGUAUCUAUCUUAUCAAUACCCCAGUAAAUUAUAUGCAAAAGCAAAUCUUUCUGUUCGUCCACCUCUCCCGUCCUCCAAAGAACUAACCAGUGUACUUAUGUCUUGUCAAUCGUUUGAUGAUCAAGUUUCCACUUUUUAUAACCUCACUCGUUUAAAUGAACAGGAUAUUCUAGCCAGAUUUGUUCUGUGUGAUAGUAUUGAAGAAAUCCUGAGUUUCAUAUUCCGUGGGGCACAAGUUUCAAUAUAUGGCUCGAAUUUUUUAGCAUUAUGUGCUUCGGAUUAUUAUAAAGGCUGCAUAUUUCACCGUAAUAUCAAAGGGUUUAUAGUACAGACUGGGGAUCCUACUGGAACUGGAAAAAAUGGGCAAAGUAUUUGGCAAAAACGAUUCAAAGAUGAAUUUCAUGACUCAUUAAGGCAUAACGCUCGAGGAAUUAUAUCUAUGGCUAAUAAUGGUCCAGAUUCCAAUGGUUCCCAGUUUUUUAUUACGUACAGUAAACAAACCAUGUUAGAUAUGAAGUACUCAGUUUUCGGAAAAGUUAUUGAUGGAUGGGAUGUUUUGGAUGAAUUGGAACGUGCCCCUGUUGAAGAAAAAACUUACAGACCCUUAACAGAUAUUCAUAUACAAAAUAUAACAAUCCAUGCUAAUCCAUUUGCGGAACAAUAGUAUCUUGAUGUUUAUUCUGUAAUUUUGUAAAUAUGUGCUCUGUUCGAUUAUAAAUAUAUGUGUAUAUUUGUACUG